AUGAUUAAUUUACAUGGAUUAGAUAAAAUAACGUUUACUAUAUUUAUACCAUUGUUUGAAUCAAAUACAUUGACAAAAGCUAUUUUAAAUCAAUUUUGGUGUGCAGUUAUUAAGACAAGUUCAAUAAGUUCACGUAAUGAUUUUUAUAAAUGUUUGACAUUGAUGACACUAGCUCAACAAGGAAAAGCUAUUGAUGAGAAAUUAUUGAAUAAUUAUGUAAAUCGAGAACUACUCACUCCAACAGUUGAGAAAAUAACUGAUUUAGAAGAUCGCUUAAUUCGUCUACUUCGAAAUGAUCAACAAAAGAAUACUCUCUGUUUUCAUUAUAAUGAUCUCUGUGUACUUGAUACUAUUCAAGUAGAUUUAGUACCAGAGAAAAAAGAUGUUAUUAUACGACAUGUUGAAUAUGAAGUUACCAGCAUGAAACCUGCAGAUGAUUCUGAUGGUAUACAGAUGUUUCGCAUAAGUCAAACAUAUAUAGCAUAUCUUCAUCAACAAUUAAAUGGAAUUCGUGUAUAUUUAAAAAAUUCAACAACUAUCGAUCGAUGGGCUACAGGUCCUAAUGAUUAUUGGGCAACAAUUCAAAUUGGUCUUACUGAUUUACCAAGUGAAAUGAAUGCUAUUUCAGAACGAAUAAAUGAAAGAUAUAAACGUGAUGAUGAAGUUAUUAAUGAUCAUUUUCAUUUAUUAAUCGAUUUACUUCAAGGAUAUAAAGAUUUAUGUAGGCGAUUCGAAGAAGCAUUACGUAAUGAACAAAAAGCUAUUCAAAAAGCAAAUAAUCAACAAAGACGUUCAUCAACAACAACUGAUACAACACCAAAAAAUGAUAAUAAUCUUGAAACGAUUGAAAAACGUAAUAGACAUGGUCUUAAAUUUGUACAAAUUGAAACACAAGUAGUUUAUGCAAAUUUAGAAGCCUUUGUUUGCAUCUUAAAUAAUCUUGGUAAUAGUCAAUGCCAAGGAUCAUCGGAUCUUGUCAAUAUUUGGAAAUCAUUUGCUAGUAAAGUAUCUCAACUUGGACAAAAUUAUAUAAAUAAAUUCUCAAUACAAAAAUCAACUACAAUUGGAUUGAAAAAAUAA